AUGGAUAUAGGCUGCACAUUAGGAAUUACUGCCGUAGCAUUAGGACUUUCAGCCAUGUUUUACGGCUAUAAACUAAAAACCGAUAAAAAGAGUGUAGAUUUAGUUAUUAAAUUACAGGAUAGAAUAAUAAACUGUGAAAAAAGCGGACAUGCACCAAUUAAAGGAGGAAUACCAACUCCCCCACCUCCACCAACAAAAGAUGGAAUAAAAAAACCACCGCACCAGCAAUUUAAUAAGCAAAAACCUCCCCAAAAAGGAGGGUGGCAUGAAAUCCAUGAGGCCAUUAAAAAACGCCGCAAAGAUUUAG